ACGUCAGCGCGUCUGGACUCCAUUAGAAGCUGCAGCUGUUUGGAGAGAAACAACAACAACAGAAAAAGAAAGGCGACGCUUUCCCCCCCUCACAGACACCGUGGAGUCCUGAACUUGCACCGGUGCCCUUCUCUUUUCCUUCCCCCUUCCCCUCUACCCCCCCGGGAGCUGAGUGUCUCCUGUCCCCGUAUCCCUCGCGGGGCAUCACGGGCUUCUCACCACGGCCGCUCUCGGUGAGGGAACUCUGGCCUCCGCUUCCUCCUCCUCCGACUCGGACACCGGCGGAGCGUCGCCGCCCCCGCGGAAGAAGCGCCGAGCCUCGGCGGCGGAGGGAGCAGGAGAGCCCGAGGCUUCAGCAGUAGCAGCAGGCCCGGCGGGCCUCUCCGCGGCGCUUUCCGCACGAACUCCCCCGCAUCCUCACGCCGUUCACUUCAGCCGCAGCGCCGGCAACAACAUGCAGUCCAACGGGGCCGAUCAGGGACAGGACUCCGGGCUCAGCUGCCAAAACAAUAACGCACAGAACCUAGAGAACGGAGAGAACGGAGAGUGUUCCAGCGGCAGGGGGGAAACGGCGCACUCUAACGGGCUCCUCUCCGGAUCCGGUACCGGGAACAACACGGCCCAGACCGGGACUCCUGCGCUCUUAUCCUCCGGGUCCGGGUCCUUAAAGAAGCAAAAACGCCUUUCACAGUCUGAGGAGGAUGUGAUCCGACUCAUAGGGCAACAUCUGCACGGACUGGGGCUGAAUCAGACAGUGGAUCUGUUGAUGCAGGAGUCGGGCUGUAGGCUGGAACACCCCGCUGCUACCAAGUUCAGAAACCACAUCAUGGCGGGAGAGUGGGACAAGGCGGAAAAUGACCUCAGCGAGCUCAAAGGCCUGAUGCAUUCACCCAACGCUAUUGUGCGGAUGAAGUUUCUCCUCCUGCAGCAGAAGUAUCUGGAGUAUUUGGAGGACGGGAAAGUUCUGGAAGCAUUACAGGUGUUGAGAGGAGAACUGACUCCACUCAAGUACAACACGGACCGAAUCCACAUCCUCAGCGGGUAUCUGAUGUGCAGUCACGCCGAGGACCUGAGAGCCAAAGCCGAGUGGGAGGGGAAAGGAGUGAGCUCACGCUCCAAACUGCUCGAUAAACUACAGACGUACCUCCCCCCCUCGGUGAUGCUGCCCCCCCGGAGGUUACACACACUCCUGCGUCAGGCCGUGGAGUUACAGAGAGACCGCUGCCUUUAUCACAACACCAAGACGGACAACAGCCUCGACUCUGUUUCACUGCUGCUGGACCACGUGUGCAGCAGGAAGCAGUUCCCCUGUUACACUCAGCAGAUUCUGACCGAACACUGUAACGAGGUUUGGUUCUGCAAGUUCUCUAACGACGGCACCAAACUCGCCACCGGAUCCAAAGACACCACCGUGAUCGUGUGGCAGGUGGACCCGGACACACACCAGCUGAAGUUGUGGAGAACGUUGGAAGGUCACGCGUACGGAGUGUCUUACCUGGCCUGGAGUCCUGAUGACGUGUACCUCAUCGCCUGCGGCCCAGACGACUGCUCGGAACUCUGGCUCUGGAACGUACAGACAGGUGAACUGCGUACGAAGAUGAGCCAGUCUCACGAGGACAGUCUGACCAGUGUCGCCUGGAACCCCGACGGCAAGCGGUUCGUUACAGGAGGACAGCGGGGACAGUUCUACCAAUGCGACCUGGACGGUAACCUGGUGGACUCCUGGGAGGGAGUGCGUGUUCAGUGUUUAUGGUGUGUGAGCGACGGCCGAACGGUUUUGGCCUCCGAUACACACCAACGCAUCCGCGCCUACAACUUCGAGGACCUGACCGACAGAAACAUAGUUCAGGAGGAUCAUCCGGUCAUGUCUUUCACCGUCUCUAAGAACGGACGAUUAGCUUUGUUAAAUGUAGCAACUCAGGGGGUUCAUCUCUGGGACCUGCAGGACCGUGUGUUGGUGAGGAAGUAUCAGGGAGUGACGCAGGGCUUCUACACCAUCCACUCCUGCUUCGGCGGCCAUAACGAGGACUUCAUCGCCAGCGGCAGUGAAGAUCAUAAGGUGUAUAUUUGGCACAAGCGUAGCGAGCUGCCCAUAGCUGAGCUAACGGGACACACUCGCACUGUGAACUGUGUUAGCUGGAACCCGUGUGUGCCGAGUCUGAUGGCCAGCGCUUCAGACGAUGGCACCGUUCGAGUGUGGGGCCCCGCCCCCUUCCUCCACGCACAGGAAGUGGACGCUUUCAACGAGAACUGCAGUAACAUGGACAGUUGAUGAUGAAGUCCAUUUCGGAGAAACAAUCAAAAAUAUGUAAAGAACCGAUUCCACGUCAAGAACAAACGAACAAAAGCAGAACAGACAAUACUGAGUAUCAACCUGCGCCAGCGCGCGCACGCGUGUGUGUGUGUGUGUGAGAGAGAGAGUGAGUGAGUGAGUGUGUGUGUGUGUGUGUGUGUGUGUGAGAGAGAGAGAGUGUGUGUGAGUGUGUAUGUGUGAGUAAGUGUUCGAGAGCUCAAAAUCGCCACGGUGACUGAAGCUAUCUCCGUGGCAACCCAACAAACGUGCUGGUUUUCUGAGCAUUAGGAAAACGAGAGAUGGAGGGAUGAGGGGGUAAAAAAUAGUCUUACUUUCUCUUCCCUUGUUCAUCACGCACACAAUAACUGUUCUUUAGUUCUUUUUUAUUUUUCUUUAAAAAUCUUAUUAACAAGCAGUUUAUAUGGUUACACCUCCUUCUCACUGUCUCAUCCCUCCAUCCAUCUUUUCUUUCGCUGAUUCCCUCAGCGCUGACAGGGUCAGGGGUCAGAGGUUGCAAGUUGGUGGUUGCGCUUUUGGUUUGACGAACGUGUGUGUGUGUGUGUGUGUGUGUGUGUGUGUGUAGGAAGAGGAGGAAUAGUUUUAAUCUGAUUCAGAGCCCCGCUGAGACCUUCAUCUGUGGAACAACAAAAAAAGACGCCGUUUUUGUAACGUUAUUGUUUUAAAAAAAAUAAUAAAAAUGAGGGCUGUAUUAUUAUUAUUAUUAUUAUUAUUAUUAUUAUUAUUAUUUUUAUUUUUUUUGGACCUUUUUUCUUGGCUUAAACAUAUGAAAUUUAAAAUAGCCUUACCUGUGAAGACGGGGUGGAAGUGCAAAAUAAUAAAUCCACAUCUACUGUGACCCUUCAACUGUCAGUGGACAUGCCCACUAUGGUGGGUGUGGUCCUGCCUGUGCUGUCAUCACAGAACGCCCCUCAAGGAUCCCAUUUAUGUUCACAUGUACUAAAAACACUUUUUCAGUGUAACGCUCGCCAGCUAACUAUACAGAACACCUGUUAUUUAGCUAGCUGUUUGUUUAGCUAACAUCCUCCAACUCGUCACACUAGCUAGCUUAGUAAUUAGCAAAUGAGCUAGCUUUAGCAAACAGCUAAAAAAAAAACAUUUAAAGAUUCAUACUUUUCCCUUUUCAUUCUGGCGUGUGGAUAAACGUGAGUGAUUUCAGACAAUUAUCAAAGGCUGUGACCUCAGGAGGGGGCGGGGCCACCACGUUCACUACACUGGCUUAUGAUUGGACCCAGUGCACUUCCUGUGUGGUCUGCAUUGAUAUUCUUGCAGCCCCUUCUCAUAUAUCUAGAUCUACACAGCAAAGCUCCGCCCAUAAAUUCAAAUUUGUCAAAUGGCUCUGCCUCUAAAAUCUCUCUAAUCUGUGUCCCUGUUCCUGGAAUGCUUCCUCACUUAUGACCUAUGCAGCAAAGCCCUGCCCCCCAAGGAAUUCUUUUGAACAAGUCUGCAAAACUCCGCCCCUAGUUCCUUUUUAUAGACCUAGCAAACCUUUUCUAGGCUGAACAAGACUCCAAAGCCACACCCCUUCAAUUUAUGGACAAAUUUAAAUAAAGGCAUUCCUUUUUUAGCACUAAUCUCAUUUAUGACCUAUGCAACAAAGCCCCUCCCCAAAUAUACAAAGCUCCGCCCUCUCUUCACCAGUUCUCGUGAACAGGCAUGGUUCAUAGAGUUGCCCCGCCCCUUUGUUUGUGUUCCUGUUUGAGGAACGCUUCCUCGUUUAUGACCUAUGCAGCAAAGCCCCGCCCCCAAAAAAAGCAUUUCACAUAAAGCCCCGCCCCCGUUUGAUUUCCAGUUGGCGCGGUGUAAAGGGGAAUUAGUCAUGUUGCACUACAUAUCCGAGCGUAUUUUAGCCAUUGUGAUAUUUCUGCCAUAAACGCUGGUUUUGGUGAAAUCUGCCAACAUGCUGGAAACUUCUAACAUGGGAAGAGUGUUAGUUUGUUUGAAUUUUCAUGCUGUUGGCUCGCUGUGUUUACCUUUAGGUACAUAAAGACAUUUUUCAAGCAGUAACAUUUUUUAUUCAGAGUUCAGAGCUUUCAAUCCCCCCCCCCCCCCCCCCCCCUUUUUUUGAGGAAACAAUAUUUACUAUGGACUGAUAGUAAUGAAUUUUCUGUUUUUAUUACAUUUUUGUUAUGUUUUUUUGGGUUAUGAUUUUUUAAAUUUUUGUUUGUGUUUUUUUUUGGUUGAUCCUUUAUCCCUGUAUUAUCAUAUUAAACUAUAACCAGCCAAAUCGUCUCCUCGUUAUUCAUUUUAUUAUGAUUUAACAUUGAUCAUUUUUGUUCCUUUUCUGCUUUGUUGCAUUCAUGUCAUUUUUAUUAACAUUACUUGAUAACUUCUAAGUGCACUAUGGAGUGAGCAGAGCUCAAUGAGACGCGCCGAGGCAAUAUGUCGUGUUUGGAUGUGAGAUUUUUCUUCCUGUAUGUGCCAUUUAAAGAAAUUUAAAAGAAAAAAAAAAGAUAGGUUUUGUACUUUAAACAGUUUUACAUCCUGUACAGAAGGAGAGGUGUGUUUGUUUUUUCCUUAAAGGGUUUAAAUGGAAUUUGAUAAGAGGUAUUUUCACCUCGGCUUGACUGUUUAAGCCACGCCCAUUUUACUUUGGCUCCGCCUUACAAUGAAAUUCUUUGUGUAAGUGCUAUUUCCUUGUUUGUGCCAUCAGUGAAAUAAAAGACAUCUUUAAUGGAA